AUGACUGUUUCUUCCACUUCCAAUAUUGAAAUAACCCUCUGGCACACUUGGGCCCUGACUGUCACUCAUGAGGCAUGUGAAUAUACUGAAUGGAAAUUCAAUGCAGAGAAGACAGGAGGAGACCCAGUUAUACCUUCUCCGAACCUAGACACUGAUCUGGUGAUGGCUUGUGAUCAAUUGGUUGAUUGCCUGAUAAAGGCAUAUAAAAAUCCCAUUCAGAUGCAGAUCAAUGUUGCAAGAUACAGCAAAGUGAUCUCCCCGAAGGACACCAGGCAUAAUGAAGAGAGAGAGAAGAAGUUGCUUGAGAGGUGUCCUCCUGGCCAUGAGGGCACAAAGUUGGUGGAGAUACCAAUGACAAUUCUUGAUGCAUCCGGUGCCAUCAUCGCAUGGUACGUCCCGGAUGCCCUGACCGAUGCCACCCAGAAUCAGUCAGAUCUGGAGGUAUCUGCAUCAUUGAAGGGGGCAUCCUCUGAGAAGAUCCUCAAAGUGAUUGUGAGGCCAGCAGCCAUUGCAACAGCGGCACUCAGGGUGAUGCAUCCCGAGCAGUACUGGGCAGGUUUGCGAGCCUUUUCGAGCCUUGGAGAAAAGGCAGAAAGCAAGGAACUGCAGGAGAUGUCAGAGACUUUCCAGUACUGGGCAUCCAUGUUUAACAGCCUGUCCAUCAUUUCCAAUUGGGAAACCCCCAAUCAUUGA